AUGAUCAAUAUUAAUGAAAAUGACUUAAAUGAGACAAAUUCUUCUGAACGUGCUACUUAUAAUGUUUGGAGUAAAUUGGGGCAAAGUAUAGAACUAAAUGAAGUCUUAAGAUCAGCCGAUGUCAACGAUCAUGUGGAAGGUAACAAUUGUACUGGGCGGCAAGAAGUCUUUAAUAAAGAGGAACUGCUAGAUAUUUUGCAAGGAAAGAAUGUAGAAUCUUCUGACAAAGAAGUAGUUGAAUAA